AUGGCUUCGUCGACCGUUGUCACGCUCCAGGUGUCUCUGCCGCCCCUCACGAAGGAGUACAAGGCGCCCAGCUUUGGCUCCAUCUCGGCGCCCUCUUCUUCCGCGUCCGUGUACCCUUCCGGCCCUGCCUUCGAGGCCCAUGCUCGCCGCAUCCUGAACCAGCGCUCGUUCGCCGAGGACGACCACCUCGAGAAGGAGCGUCUCUCGGCCAACGGCAACGGUGUUGUCGAGGAGGACGACGCCGACGCAGAGCUCGGAAACGAGCAGGAGGACCGCGACUUGCUCGAGCUUGACCCCAAGCAGUGGAAGGAGCAAGACCACUACGCUGUUCUCGGCUUGCAGCACCUCCGCUACAAGGCGACCGAGGAGCAGAUUAAGAAGGCUCACCGCCGCAAGGUUCUCCGUCACCACCCCGACAAGAAGGCCAACGCUGGUGGCUCUGCCAACGACGAUUCGUUCUUCAAGUGCAUUGCCAAGGCCAUGGACAUCCUCUCGAACCCCGAGAAGCGCCGCCAGUUCGACUCGGUCGACGAGGCCAUCUCGGACGACUUCCCCGACGCGAAGCAGACGACUGCCGACAACUUCUUCGAGCUCUGGGCUCCCGUUUUCGAGCGCGAGGGCCGUUUCUCAAAGCGCCAGCCCGUCCCGACACUCGGUGGACCCGACGCGCCCAAGCAGGAGGUCGAGGCGUUCUACGACUUUUUCUACAACAUUGACUCGUGGCGGUCGUUCGAGUAUCUCGACAAGGAUGCGCCCGAGGGUGCUGACAGCCGUGACGAGAAGCGCCACCAGGAGAAGAAGAACAAGGCUGAGCGCGACCGCAGAAAGAAGGAGGACAACACCCGCCGCCGCACUCUCGUCGACACCGGUCUCUCGCUCGACCCGCGCAUCAAGGCGUUCCGCGCGGCCGAGAAGGCUGCUCGCGAGGCUAAGCGUCGCGGUGGUGCGCCGGGCAGUGCGCCCGUCGACCCCAAGGUCAAGGCUGAGGAGGAGCGCAAGCGCAAGGAGGAGGAGGAGAAGGCCAAGGCUGAGCAGGCUGCCAAGGAGGCGUCCGACAAGGCUGACCGCGAAGCUGCGAAGAAGGCCAAGGCUGCCGCUGCCAAGAACGUGAAGAAGGACAAGAAGGCCAUCACCAACCUCCUCACCACGCACAACUACUUCACCCUCCCCGGCACCGCACCCGCGCCCGCAGCCGUCGAGGCCUGCUUCGCCGAGCUCGACGCCAUGUUCACUGUGAUGGAGCCGGAAGACGUUGCCGCGUUCAAGGCGGUUCUCGACAAGGCGUCGAACCAGGACGAAGUCAAGGCCGCUUUCGUCGAGCAGGCCAAGAAGGUUGCCGACAAGCUCGCGCCUGGCUCGUUCAAGGAGUUUGCCUGA